AUGAUCAUUCUGGGGCAAAGUUUAACAAAUGUGUCUUCUCUUGCAUCUUUCUUUACCGUGGAUUUGAAUGGAACCAGAGCCUUUGAUGAGCAACCGGUGGUUUGUGACUAUAGAGCCUUUGGUAAGAAGACCUUUGAGACAGCGAAAAAAGGUGACUUGACCAUUAUGCCCGAAAGAUUUGAAAAGGAAUUUGACCUCAACACACCAGAGAGAGCUGCACAAGCGGGAGCUGCAGAAAACACUGUUGCAGUUCCAUCAAUUUCAUCAUACUACAUCAACUUAAAGAUAUUUUCAAGUAAAGGAGAUCUAGAACUUUUUAGAAGUAGCAAGAGGGAGACAACAACAGUUAUGAAUUUUUGUAUAGGCGACCAUCACAAGAUUCGGUUACUUUGUAAACUUAGCUUUUUUGUUUAACUCAGCUAGAAAUUGGUUCAUUAACAUGAGUUAUGAAGUACACAAAUGUUUGUUAGAAGAGUGAAGCAAAUGAAGCUUGAUGAAGCAUCAUCUGUUGAAAGUCAGCAUAAGACAACCAUCCCUGCCAUUAAUAAUCUAUGUCAUCCUAAUGAUUUUUAAUAACUUUUGCUUACUAAGCACUAUUAUGUAAGUAAAAUUUUGUACUUAUAGGUGUUCGAUGCAAUUUAUGUGAUCAACUAAAUAGUUGUUUUUUCUUUGUUUUGCUGGGGAAGUGUAAGAGGACC